AAAAUGGUCUAAAAUGGCGGCUAGUGGGAAGGACAUUCUGGCCGCAUCUCCUCCCAAAAUUUCACGUGAUUCAAUACUUUCAGACUAUCCAUUGCAUUGGCACGUCUGGCAUAAAGAUGCCUCGUCACUUGAAGAAGAACUUGCUUUGAACAAGCACAAUAAAGAGCUUCUGGACCCUCGUGGACGGACACCACUUCAUCUUGCGGUUAGUCUAGGUUAUUUGGAUUGUGUAAAGUGUCUUCUUCGCGGAGGCUGCGAUGCAAACGCUAUUAAUCAGGAUGGGUGGAAUGUGUCGCACGAAGCCAUUAGCACAGGAAACCCUGAGAUUUUAUCACUUGUACUUCAACACCGAGACUUUCAAAGAGGAAGUCUGAGGCUUGCUGGAAUUCCUGAACUAUUGGAAGAACUCAAUUCUACUCCAGAUUUUUAUGUGGAAAUGAAAUGGGAAUUCACCAGUUGGGUUCCAUUCAUGUCUAGAAUGUGUCCCAGUGAUACAUACAAAAUAUACAAAUGUGGUGCAAAUGUUCGAGCAGACACCACAUUAAUUGGCUUUGACCAGAAUGACUGGCAGAGGGGUAAUAGGAGUUACAUUUUUAAGGGCAGAGCUGAAGGAGGACAAUUUUUAGAGAUUGAUCAUGAAAAAAAGAGAUACUUCAAAGAGACUUUGCAUAUCAGGGAAGAUUUUCGUGACCUGGAGGGGCUUAAACCUUCAGAGGAUGUUAUCAACGCCAGAUUAACAACACCAGCUGUUGCUACCAUGCUCAACACAGAUAACAUUGCAUUUACAAGGCACAAAACCAUGUGGGGUUGGGGUGGAGACAAGACAGAGGUUGUGAAUGGAUAUGAGUGCAAAGUGUAUACUGCAAGUGGGGUGGAAGUUCUCACUAAAACACGAGUGGAGCACUUGAAUGCCGAAGAUAAACAGGUGGCUCAAAAUACAAAUGAUACAUUUGCUGCAAAUGGUCUACAAACUCUCUUGGGCAUUGAAGAAGAGAAUUUAUCAAAUAAUGUGGAGGAUGACCAAGAUGGUUCAGACCUAGAUCCUACUUCUUCUAACCCUUACAAAAUGAGUUUAGAGGAGUACUUUAAUCCUAAUCCAGAAUUAAAUACAAAGGAUAUUGGAAAGUUGAAAGAAAUGACAGUAAAGAAGCAGAAGUUUAAAGCUACAAUUUCAAUGUGUGACAAGCACCCCUUGUCCCUUCGUGAACAAGUGCUUCCAAUUGUCAAAUUGCUGGCUAUCAGCAACACUCAUUUUGCCAAGCUUAGAGACUUCAUUGCACUCCAUCUACCAGCAGGAUUCCCAGUCAAAAUAGAAAUUCCUUUGUUCCAUGUCCUCAAUGCCAAAAUAACAUUUGGUAAUAUUGGGGGAGGAGAAUGUGCAGUGGAAGGAGUGCAUGCAAUCAGAGCUGAUAUGCAAGAAACUGGAGAAGAUAGCCUCAACUCUACUGAAGGGGAGGAAGACCCCUUAGUGCCUGGGCUGGCUGCAAGGUGUGUCAUAGAAUCAACUUGUUUUGAUGCCCCAGCAGACUACAGAGAGGUUAAUCUGGAUCAACCAGUUGCUCCUCUCAGAGAUGAAGAAGAUGAGAUGCUGCAACUAGUCAUACAACAGAGCUUGCUUGAAUAUCAACAGGACCCUUCACAGAUUAUGACUCUUCAGGCUUUACAAGACAGCCGGCAACAGGAAGAUGAUGACUUGCAACGUGCUAUAAGAGAAAGCAUGAGAGAAGGUGGUGUUGACGAGGGACAAACCCCACAGGUUGUUCCUGUUCAAAGACAACCUGGAGAUGGAACCAUUGCCUAUGAUGAAGACUUGCAGCUAGCAAUGGCACUUUCUGAACAGCAGCUGGAGGAAGACGAACGGCUUCGAAAACAGGAAGAGGAACAGCUGGCUCAAGUUAUUCAGCUAUCUCUUGCAGAAAGUUAAUUCAUGUAGCUUUCAGGUCAGGCUCAAAACUCUUUAACUGCAUUUGAAUGGAACUUGCUGAGAUUACGGUAGUUACUACUUGUAGUUAGUUUGUAAAGUGAAGCUGAAGCUGAGGUUUUUUUUUGAAGGUACUGAUAUUUCUUGUUUAUUUCUGGAAUCGACUACUAAUCUAAAAAGGAAAGAAGAAUUCUUGCAAAGCAUUGAAUUGAAGGUUUAAAAGUAGGAAACUAUAAGAAUUAUGAGUAUCAUAAAUUAUUGCUCUUGACAUUUUCCAAUGUUUUUUUUUAUCUCAAAAUCUUGCCUCCAGUGAAUUUAAGUCUUGUUACCAGUUUUAAAAUUAUUUUAUCACCAAUCUGCUGCGUUCAUUUUGUAUUUGCAUAACAAAAAAUUAACUUGUUUUUUUGUGUCAAAUGUCACAUCUUAUUUUGUUAGACUCUGCACUGUCUGAAUGCUUUGGAAUUGGAGACUAAUAUUGUAUGAACAAGUGUUUGUUUCAUGCUUAUCAGAGUCAACUUUGUCAAGUGUCUGCAGUAAUAUUACUCAAGAAGUUUCAGAUUAUAUGAACAGUAUCAUUAAAAAGAAUUUUUUUAAAUUCUAUUUUUCUCAAAACUUUUUUGGUGGGGAUUGAGAACAUUUUCAUUUUUUUUUUGGAUAGAAUGCAUAAUUACUUUUACCUUGUAUUUUGUUCAUAAAUUAUUCCCCCUUACUAUUAAUUGUAUUUUGUUCUCUGGGAGACUGUACAGAUUUAAAGUGAAACAAGAGGAAAUGUGAAUAGUAAAAACAAUAACAUUUUAUUUAUCAGACCAGUAAAUGUUAGAAUUUUUUGUUCAUUACUGUUGUUGUCUAUUCUUGGGGAGUCUUCAUAGAGAUGGCUGGAUGCAAUUUGGUUUCUAGUCAUGCUGUCCGUACAACUUGGGACUGUCAUUAGUUUUUUUUGUUUCAAUGCCAUGUUGGAUGGGCAGACAUGUGAAUUCCCCUUUUAUUUAGGAGCUAUUUGUGCAAUAAUUCAUUUUUUAAACAUCUAAUUAAAAGAGGACAUUUUUAUUAGUUGCUCUAGCGCUAAAUAAAUAACUUUUCAAACUCAUGGA